ACCAAUGGCAGUGGUGUUGUUGGUGUUCCGCCGGCGGAUUGAAAACGUCGGACAAGCUGAGGGCAAAGUUGUCCAAUCUAUAUGAUGUUGUAGCUAAAACAAACGAUUAUUUAUCUUAAUUAACGAUGAUGUGGGUGGCCAGACGGUUUCUGUCUACGGUGGCCCAGAGAAGUCAGUAUGCGGGACAGUCUGGUUUAUUCCGCCGCCCACAGCACGGCAGCCUCCCUGAGCUGGAGCUGCGGUAUCUCCAGUGCACAUGCUGCUGGCGGAGCAGGGUUCCCGUGGCAGGCUUUGAGACCCUGAACGCCACCAUCUCCUCCAACUCCACCUCUGAGCACUGCAAAGAGGACACCAGAUCCCUGGAUGAGUGCUAUACCUCCGAGCAACGAGACACCAUUCUCCAGCUGCUCAACAACGCCACACCGUCAGAGCUGGCCGGCGUCAAGCUCCUGAGAGGCCGCAAGUCUAUCAACAUUGUGGAGUACAGGACUAAAAACGGGCCCUUUAAAACUCUGGAGAGUGUGGUCAAUGUGCCGCUGCUGAAGCACAAAAGUGCUGUGGUAGUGUUCAACUCCAUCCUAAACCCGGUGAAGAAGGAGAGGAAAGUGAGGAUUCAGUUGGCCAAGUUUAUCAGACCAGAGGUUGACAAGUCAUGGCUGGAGGAUGCCAGCUCAAUUGUGUCAAUAGUGUGUGGGACUAAUAAAAUUGCCUGGGCUCAUGUGGACCGUGGGAUGACGGUGCUGGAAUGGCAGCAGCUGGACUGUCCUAAUUUCCUGAGGGGGACAUACUUGGCUUCUGCUUACUUGAAUGAUGUCUCCGCGGUCCUGGCACACCUCCCAUCAGCUGACUUCUACAUCAUUGAGAAGUCCUCCAUCUCAGUCCAGAAUACGGCUCUUUUCCCCAUCAUGGCCCACAUGAGGGCUGUGGAGGCCAUGCUGUUUGCUCUGCUUGAGCCAAGAAACUCACCACCUGAUUCCAACAUUCCUCCCAGAGUCCUAAACAUGAUGCGUACUGCUGUGGGACGUCACUUUGGACUCAUGGUGGGCGAGUCGCGGACCAGCGGGGCACAGACAGUGCGACAGCUGAUGACUGAGUCGGUAACACAGAAGCUUCCCAGGAUAAACUUCCCCCCGGAGCUGCUGCUGAAGCACAGCAAUUCUUUCCAGAUGGGCAGCAAGAGAGGAGGGGAGGAACUCUGCGAUGCUCUGCUUCAGGCAGUGGCUUUUUAUGAGCUGCUCAGUGAAGCUUCCGGUUAACCACCACAUGGACCCACCUCCUGGACCCACCUCAUGGCCACAUGAUAAAUAACAUCCACUAAAGCAAACCUCUUGAGCCUUUUUGGACUUUUACCAAACGGUUACCCCUUGAACAGAUUUGGUGGCGGUUAAUGGUACAUUUAAGUAUUAAAUAUUUUUAUUGUUACAAAA